AUCUCCGUGUCUUCUUCUGACCUUUAUGUAGGUGUGUGCCUGCUCUUGUACACAGCAACCUCGGCGUGGCUCAGAGUCCCCAAUGGUGCUGCGUCCCAGGCCUGACUGUGCCCUUACUGCGCCAGUGCAUGCCCGAGACUUUUCUUGGCACAAUUAGUGGACGACAGACAUGUCGAUCAUAAGCGUGCCUUGGAAUCUUGAACAGUUCAUAUAUAACUGACCGAGGGGUACUUAGAAACGCACUUCAAACCAUCAUGACUGACAAAGAAGAAUACCUAGAGCUUCCCGGAGGGCGUACGCUGGCCUACGCCCAUGGCGGAAAUCCAUCCAGUAAACAAGUUGUGAUUUUCCUUCACGGCGUGUUUGGCGUUGGAAGAGUCACCCGUUUACCACCGGUAUUCGUAGAGAAGGGUGUUCACUUCAUUGCACCUACUCUGCCAGGAUGGGGGAACUCAUCCUUGCCACGUAAAUCAACGACAUUCCACGAUUACCUCUACCAGGCAACGACUGCACUCAUCACUCACCUCCAUCCCGAUACGAAUGGGCUCAAACUUUACAUUGGAGGAGGCUCGUAUGGUACUAUUGCCGCGCAAAUGCUGUAUGGUGCAUCAUACCACGUCUUUCCAUUGGGCAGGCACAUCGCCGGCCUUCUCCUCCUGGCCGCGUUCUCCCCUCCUCGCGUUCAUAGGACAUACGCCAAGUGUCUUUCAUGGUCCAACUACAUAGCCAUCGGUCCACCAUCUCGAUAUCUUCCUACCUUACAACUUGGAAAACUCAUGAUGAAGAAUAAGGUGAACACCCCAGAACGUGCAGUAGCUUUUAUACAUGACUUUGGUUUCAAGAAGAUGACCCCCAAGGAAAGGGAAGCAUACGAACGCUUCAUGCAGACGAAAGGGUUGGAGGAAGGUCAGAUGGAGAAAGAAAUCGGAGAGAAUGCCUAUCGUAGCGUAGCCAAUACCUGGGAAGGAUUUUUGACAGUCGCCGACGUAUUCCAAUCUGACUGGGGAGGAUAUGACCCUACUCGGCUGGACGAGGAACACGCACGAAAGCCUGUCCUUGUUGUCAUGACGAAGGAGGAUUUAGACAAUACUCGCAUGGGGGAAUGGUUAGUGAAGAACAUGCCCAAUGCUCAUGGCAGAUAUGAAGAGGGCGGUCAUAUGGCUGCGUUGUUCGUGUUGGACGAUAUUUGGGUGGACUUCCUGAACAGGUGUUCAUGACAGCAGCAGCAGCACCAAGAUACCUCAUAUCAUUGUACACUCAUCAUUGCGAUAGCGGGAGCUCAUGUUUAAAAAUAUAUGCAGACUUAC